AUGAGGGCGCAGCACUGGUUGCUGCUGUGCCUCCUGGCCACCAGUAUCUUGUGCAUCAUAGCACAGGAAGAUGUGGCAGGUGACGCCAACUCGAUUCCGGACCCCGCUGCGGCAGCAGAGGAGCCCCCGACGCCUGCCCAGCCAAAGAAAGCAAAGGCGACGACAGCAGUGGUGCUGUCAGUCGGCGCUGCAGAGGCUGAGGUGAUCGCUGCCAGCGGCAAGCGGCUGUCGCGCAAGGCGGCCGACUAUGGCCAAGCGCUGCUGGACGGCGUCUCCCUGGAGGCCGGCGCUUCUAUUGAGGUGACGUUCACGCCCCAGGCGGAUGGGGCCGCGUCGAAGCCCCAGCAGGCGAUGCUGUUGCUGCAGCCCAAGGCCCAUAAGGGGCUCUCCGCCUAUGCGGUGGCCAAGGCCCGGAAGGAUGGGGCGCACGUCGUCAGCCUGUCGCAGGCGCUCGUGGAGAAGCAGCUGGGCUCGCUGGGCGGCAAGCUGUCCGUGACGCUGCUGCUGGGCGACCCGGCCGCGCCCAAGGGCGUGCGCUGGGAGCUGGGCACGGUCAAGCUGCCGGCGGCGGAGGCGGGGCUGCAACCCAGCCCUGUGUACCGCACCGCGCUGGUGCAGCCCAUCAGCAACGUGCUGCCCAACAUCGCCCACAUAUUCCGCCAACCGGACAAGCGCCCCGCCGCGGCCGUCUCCCUCGUGUUCACCGCGCUCGCGCUCGCGCCGCUGGCGCUGCUGUUGCUGUUCCUGCUGGCCACGGGCGGCCUGGGCCUGCAGAACUUCCCUACGGGCGCGGGGUCGCUGUGGGCGCUGCUGUUCCACGGCGGCAUUGCGUCCAUCCUCGUCCUCUACUGGCUGUUCUGGACACGGCUCAACCUGGCCCAGACCCUGCCCCCCGCGCUGGGCCUGGGGGCGGUCACGGCGGCGGUAGGGUACAAGGCGCUCGGCGCGCUUGCGGACGCGCGGCUGCAGCAGGAGCGCGCGGGCGUGACGCCCGCAAAGAAAGGCAACUAG